UGUCACUGUCAAUUUUUCACCUUAUCGACAAUAACCUUAAAAUUGCUGAAAAGAUUAACUCAAAAAGAUGAAAUUCGAAACGAUUCUAUACUCAUUUUAAGUUAAAUAACGCUUUAAGUUGCUAAAUAUAUUUUAAAUGAUCCCAUUUUAACUUAAAAAUGUCUUUACUAACAGUUCAAUUGAGGUUAUGUAAAUCAAUAAAAAAUGCAAUAAUAUUAAAGAAACAUAUAAGAUUCACAACUAGUCAAGUAUUGAGAGAAAAAUCAGCUUCAAAUUUUACUCAUUUUGAGGUUAUCAAUGAUCAAAACGAAUUAACCAAGAAUUUUCCAUUAAAACCGACUGUAAUACCAUCAUGGAAACCCACCCCGUCGACUGAUAAAUCAAAUUUGAUUCAGCAUUAUUUAAAAUUAUCAAAAAUUCGGUUAACAGGUUUAGUUGUCAUAACAUCAAUGGCGGGUUAUGCUAUGGCCCCCGCUCCCUUUGAAUGGCCAACAUUCACUCUUUUAGUUCUUGGAACAGGACUUUUGUCAGGUGCUGCAAAUGCCGUUAAUCAAUAUCAUGAGGUUCCAUUUGAUGCUCAAAUGUCCAGAACAAAACAUCGAGUAUUAGUUUGUGGAAAAUUAACCCCGUUGCAUUCGAUGAGUUUUGCUUCAAUAUCAAGUAUUUUAGGGUUAUCAUUACUUUAUUAUGGUGUAAAUCCAUUAACUGCGUAUUUAGGACUUUGUAAUUUAGUACUUUAUACAUCAAUUUAUACUCCUAUGAAGAGAAUAAGUAUUUUAAAUACUUGGGUUGGAUCAAUUGUCGGUGCUAUUCCUCCUUUAAUGGGUUGGGCUGCUUGUUCUAAUUAUUUAGGUCCUGGUGCUUGGUUAAUGGCAGCCUUAUUAUAUUCCUGGCAAUUUCCUCACUUUAACGCAUUAUCAUGGAAUUUACGACCAGAUUAUUCCCGAGCUGGGUACAGGAUGAUGGCUGUUACAGACCCUGGUUUAUGUAGGAGAGUUGCUUUAAGACAUACAGUGGCAAUUUUCGGCUUAUCCGCGUUAGCACCACUUCUUGAUACAACAAAUUAUUGGUUCUUAUUAGAAAGUGCUCCGUUAAACUUAUAUUUUAUUUAUUUAGCUCAUAACUUUUACAAAGAUUCAUCAGGACAGAGUUCUAGAAAACUUUUUAGGUUUUCUUUGAUACAUUUACCUAUUUUGAUGGGGUUAUUUCUGUUGAACAAAAAGAAAUGGUUCGUUUUUGAUGAAGAUGAAGAAAAGGAUGUAAAUAAAAGUGAAAAUAAAUUGUAAA